AUGCUUACCUCAGCACCAGCUUUACUGAAAAAUAUGAGAUGGAAGCCCCUUGCUCUGCAGUGGUAUGAUGAUGAAAUGAAAACUUAUUCCUGGACACGUAUAUCACCACUGAUUCCAAGAAGUCCCACCAGUGGAGCUGCCACCCCAUCAAGUACAAUCAGCACACCUACUAAAAGGGACAGUACUGCCCUUCAAGAUCUCUUUAUCCCCCCACCGCCGUCAGAGCCAUAUACACCAAGGGAUGAAAAGGGAAACUUACCCUGUGAGGAUGUGACUCGGCAUGCUGUUGGAAAGCCAGUAUCAAAAGGAUCCGAGUCCCCAAACUCUUUUCUGGAUCAAGAGUAUAGGAAGCGAUUUAAUGUUGUGGAGGAAGAUGCAGUGUUAUAUUGCUACGAGUAUGACAAGGGAAGAGCUAGCAUGCAAAGUCGAAGAGAAAGCACACCUACGUAUGGAAAACUAAGACCGAUAUCUAUGCCUGUAGAAUAUAACUGGGUUGGUGAUUAUGAAGAUCCCAACAAGUUAAAACGAGACAGUAGAAGAGAAAGUUCUCUCCUCCGGUAUAUGAGCAAUGAUAAAAUCAUUCAGGAAGAAUUCAUGAUGCAGAGAAACACCAAAAAAGACACCGGGAAGAAAUCUAAGAAGAAAGGUGAGAAAAACACAAGUCCAAGUCAUUAUGCCCUGCUUCCUGGAGCACAGAUGGAUUCCCUACGGCAGGAAGCUCUCAGUCCAUCUGUAGCAGACACAGCAACACAUACC